ACGAAAUUCUACGAGUUCGAUAUGAAGCCGACGUGUAAACGAUGUUAUGAUCGAUUCCCGAAUGAGCUGAAGAAACGAAUAAGUGACAGUUUAAAGGAUCGCGAUCUGGAGAUCGAAAGGAAUCGAGUGCUACAAAGGCGGUCGAUGAGCCCAACCGCAGCCGCGGCCACUUCUACUCACAGUAGUGGAGGGACGCUGAAGAAAUCAUGA